UUUAUCAACAAUAGGACACACUGUGACUUUUGCUGAUAAAUAUGGUGACCCUGGAAUGGAUAGGAUGAAAACAAUUGGCCUUCGACCUGUGUCUCAAUUUUACAAUGGAAAUACAAAUCCAACUCAUGAAGAUGAUGACCUCAGCUCUUUUGCCCACAACAACAAUAGUGUGGGCAGCAUUAUUGCCCGCAACAGCCAUAAUGUGGACAGCCUUAUUGCUCAUGAAAGCCUUAGUAUGGGCAGCCUUAUUGCUCAAGAAAGCCAUAGUUUGGGCAGCCUUAUUGCCCACAACAGCCAUAGUAUGGGCAGCCUUAUAGCUCAUGAAAGCCAUAGUAUGGGCAGCCUUAUUGCUCAUGAAAGCCAUAGUGUGGGCAGCAUUAGUUCCCAUGAAAACCAUACUGUGGACAUCGAUAUUGCCCAUGAAUGCCAUAUUGUUAACAUCGAUAUUGCCCACAACAGCCAUAGUGUGGACAGCCUUUCUACCCACAACAGCCAAAGUGUGGACAGCCUUAUUGCCCGCAACAGCCAUAAUGUGGGCAGCCUUAUUGCUCAAGAAAGCCAUAGUAUGGGCAGCCUUAUAGCUCAUGAAAGCCAUAGUAUGGGCAGCCUUAUUGCUCAUGAAAGCCAUAGUGUGGGCAGCCUUAUUGCCCAUAAAAGACAUAGUAUGGGCAGCCUUAUUGCUCAUGAAAGUCAUAGUGUGGACAGCCUUAUUGCCCACAACAGCCAUAGUAUGGGCAGCCUUAUUGCUCAUGAAAGCCAUAGUGUGGGCAGCUUUAUUGCCCAUGAAAGCCAUAGUAUGGGCAGCUUUAUUGCUCAUGAAAGCCAUAGUAUGGACAGCCUUAUUGCCCAUGAAAGCCAUAGUAUGGACAGCCUUAUUGCUCAUGAAAGCCAUAGUAUGGGCAGCCUUAUUGCUCAUGAAAGCCAUAGUAUGGACAGCCUUAUUGCCCAUGAAAGCCAUAGUGUGGGCAGCCUUAUUGCUCAUGAAAGCCAUAGUGUGGGCGUUAUUUCCCAUGAAAGCCAUAGUGUGGACAUCGAUAUUGCCCAUGAAUGCCAUAUUGUUGACAUCAAUAUUGCCCACAACAGCCAUAGUGUAGACAGCCUUACUACCCACAACAGCCAAAGUGUGGACAGCCUUAUUGCCCUUGACAGCCACACUGUGAACAUUCCCAACAACGCUAAAAAUGAUCAAAGUUUCUUCAGCAUAUCAAAGGGAGAGUCCAUGCCAAAUCUUUAAAUAUUCCCCGCCGAAAUGCGAAGGGGAUAUAGCAAUAUUAGGUCUGUGUACGUCCCAAGCAU